AUGAUUUUGAGAGAACCCAAGAGGGAGAGCUAUAUUGUAGCAAGACCAACACCAAGUACUUUGGCUCAUUUAAACACAAUCAAAAAUAUGGAUUUGGAGUUGAAAUUUAUCCAAAUAUUGCAGAAAGAUAUUGUGGAGGAUGGAAACAUGACAUGUAUCAUUAUUUUGGAACUUAUCAUUAUAGAGAUGGCACGUACUUCCAAGGAAUGUACAAGAAAGGACAAAGAAAGGGUAAAGGAAAACUUUAUUUACCUAAUGGAGACAUUAUUGAAGGUUUUGUUAUACGAGAAUAUGGGGCACAUGGAUGAAUUAGCUAUGAAUGUUCCAAACUCGGAACAACUAUUGGUAGAUAUUGAAAAGGAGUUUUAUCCAAUUUGUAGAAACUUAAUUUCAAAUACCGUUCAUGAAAAAUUGUUUUCAACGUUAUUUGAACUUUACAACUAUCACUAUCGUGAUAGCGAUUUACUCAUGAAUCAAAAGAUUAGAUCUCUUCAAGGUUGUACCAUAUCAAUGUUUGGUGUCGCACCAGAAUUUGCUCCAUUACCACCCUCAGACAUGAAUCUUGUAUUUUACGAAUACAAACAAACAAGCGAUAUUCCAUAUGAAGAGACAAUCAAACUAUUAGAUCAAAUAAGAAAUGCAAAAUCAGUAAUUGCUAAAAUUGAAACUCUCUCUAAAGUUAGAACACACGCCAUGCAAACAAUGAAAAAAUAUAGAAAAGCACAUAAGCGAAAGGAGGCAUAUUUGAAUUAUCAGUCUUCAAAUGAAGUUUAUGACAUGGAUAGAAACACAAAACCAACUACAAAGGAGCCGUGGUGGAACGCAGAGCUCGAGAAACGAUGUGAGGAGUGGCAAGCAGGAGCUGAUGAUGUCACAUCUGUGUAUAGUUAUAUUUUCAGCAAAUCCAGCAUUGACAAUUUUACUGCUACUUUCCACUAUGUUAAUGACUGGAAGUCAGAACAGGUGAAUUUCGAUCCAGUCAGUCACAUAAUACGAUUUUAUGAAGGCUAUUUAUCAUAUAUUCAAGAUAUAGACCCAAAUAUUUUGCAUGAUGGCCAAUUUAUUUCCAAGUACUCUCUGACUAGCUCCUUAGAGUCCGCUAUUGAAGGACGCGUUCUUGUGUACCGAGAUAAGAAUUUACCAUUCUUCUGGUUACCGAGCUUGUUGGUCCAUGUUGGUCUGGAAAUUGGUAAAACCAUCGCAAAUUCAGCAGCCGCUAUUACCAAAUCAUCUUCCCUUAGUAUUUCAAAUAUUACCAACAUUACUAAUAUUACUGCUGGCUCAAUUUUGAACCUUUUAGCUUCCUUAAAUCCAGCCACUGCUAUGACCUCUACGAAAAACGAGUCUGCUCAAGAUUCUAAAAUGAGUUUUAAUCCCUUCACGAGAAAGUUGAUACUUCCAAGUAAUCUGGAAGUUGUUGAUAUCAGCAAUCAGAAUUUAGUUCAAUCGAUUAUCAAAUUCUAUGAUCUGGUUCGACAAACUUUAGGUGCCAGCUCAAUAGGUUUCAAUGUAGAGUUGAAAAGAAUGAGGAGACAGGCAACAAUGAUGUCAUUGUGGUGUUUGACAAGCUCUAUCCAAGCUAUGUCUACUCUGAGAUUGCACUUGGUGUGA